AUUUUUCUUAUUAAUUUCAUCCCUUUAUAUUUAUAUACCGCUUCGUGACUUGUUCGUCUUCUUCACGUUCAACCUACCUACCAUUACCAAGCCUUGACCGCUUGAGACAGUGAGAGUGAGAGAGACCCAGAAGAGUCUCUGGCCAUGGCGUCUUCAUUCUCAACUCAACUGCUUCAAUGUCAGACCCCACUUCCUCGUCUUCCUCAUAUUCAGGGUAAUUUUGGGCAAGACAUGUUCAAGGUUCGAAGGCCACAUAUGGUUUGUAGCGGAACUAGAUCACAGAUUGGUUACUGUAAAGCAUUAGCUUCAAGGUCACAUUAUGCUUUGAGGUUUUCUACCACUCAGCAACCUGAAGGAAGAUCAAUUAGAUAUCGGAGAAUGAAAUGCCUCAAUGCUGCGGAGAUUGUUCAGGAGCUGCAAGCUGAAGUGACAACCAAAUGUUUCUUUGAUAUAGAAGUUGGGGGUGAACCUGUGGGCAGGAUUGUUUUGGGCCUAUUUGGAGAGGUUGCUCCUAGAACAGUUGAAAAUUUCCGUGUUUUAUGCACAGGAGAGAAAGGAUAUGGUUACAAAGGAAGCUCCUUCCAUCGUAUCAUCCAAGAGUUCAUGAUUCAAGGAGGGGACUUUACUGAAGGAGAUGGAACUGGCGGAACUAGUAUCUAUGGUUCAAGUUUUGAAGAUGAGAGUUUUGCUUUGAAGCAUGUUGGUCCUGGAGUUUUGAGCAUGGCAAAUGCUGGUCCUAAUACCAAUGGUAGCCAGUUUUUUAUUUGCACAGUUAAGACUCCAUGGCUGGACAAUCGUCAUGUUGUGUUUGGACAUGUCAUUGAUGGAAUGGAUGUUGUGAGGACACUCGAAUCCCAAGAGACAAGCAGGUUAGAUAUCCCUCGGAAGCCUUGCAGAAUUGUUAACUGUGGAGAACUGCCUCAAGAUGAUUGAUCCUUAGGCUGAAGUACAUCACAUGAUCACAUUUUUCUGAUUUUCAGUACAAUUUCCAAUAUUUUGGUUGUCCCCUCUUAGUGUAUGUUCAGAAAUCCUUUUAGAGUUUAUUUUAAAGUCAAAACCAGUUUUGAGGAGCGUUUUAUGUGAGUAGCUUCUUAAUGUAAUUCUGAGGAAAAAUAAGUUGAUUAAAACAUUCUAUUAAUCAUGUUAAUGUUUCUGAAUAAUCAUUAGUGGCUGCUAAAUUGUUUCUUUCA